CCGGGGCUGCUGAACCUUUGGAGUUUGAUAUGAUGAUUGGGGAAUAACCGGAGUGACACGUCGCAAACUCUCCAUAAUCAAGGAGACCUCUUUCCCGGGUGGUGAUCUCCAAAAUUGCUCAGUGAGCACCCCUAAUUAACCUGAUUUUUUGCUGAUAAUCACUCACAAUGGAAUCAAAUCACAAAUCCGGGGAUGGAUUGACCGGCACACAGAAAGAAGCCGCCCUCCGUGCCUUAAUUCAGCGAACGGGAUAUAAUUUGAUCCAGGAAAAUGGGCAGAGGAAAUACGGAGGACCCCCCCCGGGCUGGGAUGGGCCUCCCCCGGAGAGGGGCUGCGAGAUCUUCAUCGGGAAACUGCCCCGAGACCUCUUCGAGGAUGAACUUAUCCCGCUCUGCGAGAAAAUUGGCAAAAUCUAUGAAAUGAGAAUGAUGAUGGACUUCAAUGGCAACAACAGAGGCUAUGCCUUUGUGACCUUCUCCAAUAAACAGGAGGCGAAGAACGCAAUAAAGACCCUCAAUAAUUAUGAAAUUAGGAACGGGCGGCUCCUGGGGGUCUGUGCCAGCGUGGACAACUGCCGCCUCUUCGUGGGGGGGAUCCCCAAGACCAAGAAGAGGGAGGAGAUUCUGGCGGAGAUGAAGAAGGUGACGGACGGCGUGGUGGACGUCAUCGUGUACCCCAGCGCCGCCGACAAGACCAAGAACAGGGGCUUUGCCUUCGUGGAGUACGAAAGCCACCGGGCAGCAGCCAUGGCCAGGAGGAAACUGCUCCCAGGAAGGAUCCAGCUCUGGGGACACCCCAUCGCCGUGGACUGGGCAGAGCCAGAGGUGGAGGUGGAUGAAGACACCAUGUCAUCAGUAAAAAUCCUCUAUGUGAGGAACCUCAUGCUCUCCACCACUGAAGAGACCAUAGAAAAGGAGUUCAACAGCAUCAAACCAGGUGCGGUGGAGAGAGUAAAGAAAAUUAGAGACUACGCCUUUGUGCACUUCAAUAAGAGAGAACACGCUGUGGAAGCUAUGAAAGCAUUGAAUGGGAAGGUGCUGGACGGGUCCCCCAUCGAGGUGACUUUGGCCAAGCCGGUGGACAAGGACAGCUACGUGAGAUACACGCGUGGCACGGGCGGCAGGGGCCCCGUGCUGCCAGGGGAGUACACCUACACCUUCGGGCACGUGUACGACCCCGCCGCCGCCUACCUGGGCGCCCCGGUGUUCUACGCGCCCCAGGCCUACGCCGCCAUCCCCAACCUCCACUUCCCCGCCACCAAGGGGCUCAGCAACAGGAGCAUCAUCCGGCCCCCUUCCAUCCGAGAAAUUUACAUGAAUGUACCUGUAGGGGCUGCGGGAGUUAGAGGACUGGGAGGUCGCGGCUACCUGGCGUACACGGGCCUGGGCCGAGGAUACCAGCUCAAAGAAAAGAGGGGAGAGGACAAACUCUACGACCUCCUGCCAGGGAUGGAGCUCACGCCGAUGAACCACGUCACACUAAAGCCCCAGGGGAUCAAACUCGCUCCUCAGAUCUUAGAAGAAAUCUGCCAGAAAAACAACUGGGGACAGCCUGUUUACCAGCUCCACUCUGCAAUCGGCCAAGAUCAAAGACAGCUCUUCCUGUACAAAAUCACCAUCCCCGCCCUUGCCAGCCAGAACCCCGCCAUACAUCCCUUCACGCCGCCCAAGCUCAGCGCCUACGUCGACGAGGCCAAAACCUACGCGGCAGAGUACACCCUGCAGAGCCUGGGGAUCCCCGUGGAGGGGGCAGAGGUGCCUCCCACAGCACCAGCUUUUCCAGGAUACACCAUUGCUAAUGCAGCUGCCACUGUCACAGCCACUCAGCUCAAACAAGCAGUGACUGUGGGACAAGAUUUAGCAACUUAUGCGGCGUACGAAGCCUAUCCCGCCUUCGCGGUCGCCGCACGCAGCGAUGGCUACGGAGCAUUUUAGUCCUGGCUUUAAUCAAGGCCCCUUAAAUCAAGCACAGGCAGAAAGGAAAAAAAAAAAUAUCCUAGUCUGGUAAUUUUUACAUCCUCUCGAUUUUAAACUCGUCUGUUGCCUGAGGUUCAUCUUAGUCGGAGUUUCAGUCCUGGAGUUCUUCGGGUUCGUAACGGGAUAUUGGGGGGGGGGGGGGGGAAGGGAGAAGUUAAAGGGAAAAAAAUCACUCAAAAUGAGAUUUUCACAGUAGAAAGCAAAAGCUCAGCCCAGAAAAUGAGCAGGUCUCAGGUGUGUAUAUAUAUAUAUAUAUAUUAUAUAUAUAUAUAUAUAUAUAUGUACAGCCCAUUGUGUGUGUGUUUACAAGCAACAACCUGUGCUGAAUACAGUUGGUCCCGUGGAUGUUGUGACAAGGGACAGGGGAAGGAAGGGGUGUCCGCAGCAAAACCCUCCAUGCAUCAGGAAUUCUCCUACAUUCACCCAAAAAUUCCUCCUCCAGCCUUGAUUCUUUUGCCACAUGGAUUUGCCUCUCGCUGCCACCAGCACUGUGAAGAUGUGUUCAGGCACCUCAGGUGUCUUGGAAAUUCUCUCUGGCACAGCCAAGGCAAAAAGUCAUUUGUAAUAAACAUUUCUGCCCAGCCAAACAGGCUGGUUGCCAUGCUGAUUCGAUUUUUAGAGCAGGAGGCAAGCACUCAGCAGAGCUUUCCCUCUUGCUUUACUCCUUCCCAACCACGCCCACAAAUCAGCAAAUAACGGUGUAUUUUUGUCCUCUUCCCAUCAAAUGGGAACAUUCACUGAAAGACAGGAAAACUUUCAGGACUAUUAAGGCUGAGGACCAGAAAAGUGCUAUUCAUUAAGGCCAGUUCUCUACUUAAUUAGAGCAUUAGAGCUCACAGCCAUGGCCCAGUAACAACAGGCACCUCUACAGGAACAAAAUGAUAUCCAAGGAACGUUUCCACAGUUUGGAAAGAGCCUUGCCUGGCUGUCAGUGCUGCUUUACACAUCAAAUCAAGGCUUCUGGCUGCUGUCAUUCCACCAAAAAUGAACUUACUGGAACAGCAGUAAAGGCACCUCUUGCUUUGGAGAACACCAGAGGCUGGUGUUGUGUUUAAACACUUUGGGGAUGCUGAGAGCACCCCUUGCUUUACAGCAGGAGGGCAUUAUCCGUUUAUUUUUGCCGUGGGAUCGAGGCAGGAGUAGUGAUGCUCUAGAGAUAUCCUAUGCAGUAAUGCACACUGUGAAAACUUAAAUCUGCUCAAACUCUAGAGAUAUCCUAUGCAGUAAUGCACACUGUGAAAACUUAAAUCUGCUCAAACCUUUUCUGAGGGGGGAGAGUUUACAGCUGGAUUGAUGGCACCCAUCGAGUCCAGCAGAUGUGGCCCCAAAUUUCCCACGUGGUCUGGGUGAUGGGAUGUGGCACCAAACAAGCCAUUCCAGGAGGAGUUUUUCCCGUACAUCCCCAAAACUGUACGAGGCACAGAGGUCUGUGACAAGGUGUUGGCUGCUGGGAACGCAGCGUGUUCUACUCUCAUGCUCCGGCUGACUCGGCUUCGCUCGGAAUGGAACAAAACCACAUAAGCUGUGAAGUUUGUGGUCCCGUUAGACCCCUUCUAUUUAUAAAGUACCUCGUUGGGGUGACCCUAAAGGUAUUACAAGCCCUCUGUGGCUGCUGUUGGUCACACUUUAAAUGACAAACCUGUUCACAGAGGGCUGAAUAACCAAGAGUGUUAUGGAUCUCGUGGCUUUUUUUUCCCCUCUUCUGUCUAUGUCUUUAAGUCGUGUUUGCCAACGAGUAACACGUCCCUGAGUGUGUCUCUCUCAAAGGCCACCGUUGGCAAGAAGUGUUUCUCACUUUGCCUGUUCAGUGACUUUAGUCUGCUUUUUCAGCUAUUUAUAUGAGUUCAGAAAGAUGUCAAAGGAAAGGGCAAGAAGCAGUAUUAAAAAGUGUGCGCUUGAAGCACUUAUUUUUGUACACCAGUACAAUAUUUGUAUAGAGUUUUAACACUAUGGAGUGUAGCAAAAAAAAAAAAAUAAUCACACUUUCCAUUUACUGGAGGACAAUCAUGUAUGUUUAAAGGGAAUGAAGUGAAAAUGGCAUCUCAAUCAUCCAUUACAAGCGAAUUAUAACUGGGAUUAAAUUCUGUGAAGCAGGUCUGUAAUUUUAGAGUAAUCUGAGGACAUUCACUGGACUUUGAAAUAUCAUUAAAACUUUGUAAGCCAA